AUGACAAUUUUUAUGAAUUUUGUUAAAAAUAUAAAUUCUUGUCUUUAUAGAAAUUUAAUUAAAAAUAUGUUCCAAAACCCUUGUCAAAAUUGUAAAUGCAAUUCCUCAAACUCAUCCUUAAUUUGUUCUAAUUUUACUACGAAUCGUUAUUUUAGUAAUACAUUAGUCGAGUAUAAUAAUAAGUUUGUGGAACUUUUCCCUAAAAACUCUGAAAAUGAUACUGUAAAAUUCAAGCGACUGGAUGAUUUGAGUAAAUUAUUAAGGCUAAAUGAGUCAAAUUUAGUAAAAUCCGAUGGUACAAAUUUAAAGUUUUUAAAUGUUCCACCUGAAGUUUUGACUCAAUUAACUUCUCUUGCCUUUACAGAAAUUAUGCAUUUCUUAAGAACUGAACAUUUGGCACAACUCAGGAAAGUAUUUGAUGAUCCAGAAUCAAGUGAUAAUGAUCGAUUUGUAUCAAUGCAAUUACUUAAAAAUGCUUGUAUAUCUGCUGGAAAGUAUUUUUUUCUACUCAUAUUAUUGUAUAGAGUAUUGCCUGGAUGUCAAGAUACUGGUACUGCAAUUGUUAUUGGGAAACGUGGUAACAAUAUUUUUAGUGAAAAUGAUACCAAUUCUAUUACUAAAGGAAUAUAUAACUGUUAUAUAAAUAAAAAUUUUAGAUAUAGUCAAAUGUCAGCAUUAAAUAUGUAUGAAGAAGUGAAUACAAGAUGUAAUUUACCAGCUCAAGUAGAACUUUAUUCACAAGAUGGAAUAGAUUAUGAAUUUUUAUUUAUAGCUAAAGGUGGUGGUUCUGCUAAUAAAACUUUUUUAUAUCAACAAACUAAAUCAAUAUUAAAUGAAAAGAUGUUAAUUGAAUUUUUAAUGGAACAAAUAAAAACUAUUGGUACAUCAGCUUGUCCACCAUAUCAUUUAGCAAUUGUAAUAGGUGGUUUAUCAGCUGAAAUGACAUUAAAAACAGUAAAACUUGCUAGUUGUAAAUAUUUGGAUAAUUUACCAACUGAAGGAAAUUUAUUUGGUAAUGCAUUUAGAGACUUGGAUUUCGAACAAACGAUUUUACAAAAAACAAGAGAAAUUGGGAUAGGUGCUCAAUUUGGUGGUAAAUAUUUUUGUCAUGAUGUUAGAAUUAUACGUUUACCAAGACAUGGGGCCUCUUGUCCAAUAGGAAUUGGAGUAUCUUGUUCAGCGGAUAGACAAGUUUUGGCUAAGAUAAAUCCUACCGGAGGUUUAUUAAUUAUAUUUCAAUAUUUUUUAGUAUAUUUAGAAGAAUUAGAACAUGAUCCAGCACAAUUCCUACCAACAAUAGGACAUGUACCAAAUACUAAAGAGAUAAAUAUUGAUUUAACAAUUGGUAUGGAAAAGGUAUUGGAACAAGUUCGUAAAUUUCCAGUCAAGACGAGAUUAUUAUUAAAUGGACCAUUAAUUGUUGCUCGUGAUAUUGCUCAUGCUAUGAUUGUUGAACAAUUUGAUAAAACUGGACAAUUACCAAAUUAUAUUAAAGAUUUUCCAAUAUAUUAUGCGGGACCUGCAAAAAGACCUGAUGGAUAUGUAAGUGGAUCAUUUGGUCCAACAACUGCUGGUCGAAUGGAUAGUUAUGCAUCGAAGUUGAUGGAACAUGGAGCGUCUCUGAUAACGUUGGCAAAAGGGAACCGAUCACGUUCAUUUGUAAACGCAUGUAAAAAGUUUGGAGGAGUUUAUUUGGGAUCUGUUGGAGGACCGGCAGCACUUAUCGCAGAAGAUUGUAUAGAGUCAGUGGAAGUUGUUGACUUUCCACAAUUAGGAAUGGAAGCAGUACAUAAAAUAUUAGUCAAAAAUUUCCCAGCAUUUGUAGUAGUCGAUUCUAAAGGAAAUGAUUUUUAUUCACAAUGGUCAUAA